UACGGAAGAAGUGGGAAGCAUGCAGGUCUCUAGCCUCAACGAGGUGAAGAUCUACAGCUUGAGCGCCGGCCGGAGCCUUCCGGAGUGGCUUUCUGAUAGGAAGAAGAGAGCAUUACAGAAGAGAGAUGUUGACAUUCAAAGGAGAAUUGAACUUAUCCAAGACUUUGACAUGCCCACGGUUAGCACGAAUAUCAAGGUUUCGCGAGAUGGGCAAUUUGUUAUGGCAGCAGGAACAUAUAAACCUAGAGUCCGAUGUUUUGAUACCUAUCAGUUAUCCAUGAAGUUUGAAAGAUGCUUAGAUUCUGAAGUGAUUACAUUUGAUAUUUUAUCAGAUGAUUACUCAAAGCUGCAGCUGAUUGAUCUUGGGGGCAGAAAACCACCAGAUAGAAGACUACCAGGGACAGAAUGA